AGUAUAAUAAAAAUAUAUACAAUAUAGUGAAUUAUUCUUCACAGGUUUUAGUUGUAACGCCAUACGAGAAAAUGUCAAAUAAAAACGUUCCCGACAUUAAUGACGAAGAAGAGGGCAUAGAUACAGACAAGCCACUGCUACAGUUAGAACAAUACACAUUUACUGGGGAAUAUGAGGACACACUAGGAACAGGGCUAGUAUUUGAAGAAAGAGACAAAUCAGAAGCCAGCCAAUUAAAGGAAACAAGACAAAAUAUAUUACAUCAUUUGUUAGGAGAAGAUAGUAUUAAUACAGCAGUUGAUUUAGAAUUUUCUCAUGCUGUCAACAAAAAACUUAUCAUGAAGCGAGCAUUUCUAACACCAGAGGAUGAGACUGAUGGAGAACCAUCAACUUCAGAUACAGUUGAGAAUGUAGAUAUGACAGCAGAAGAUGAAAGUUCAAGGACAAGUACAGGUCCAGACGGAUGAAAUCUAUUAAACUCAAAGGCUGUCAAAAGUGCCGAUCUGUAUUUAUGAUUUGCUAUGUGAGAAGUGAACAAGGACAUAACAUUUGAGAAAUAUUGAAAUACAUAGUUGAAGACAAUUGUAUCAUCACUAUGUUCUUGAAAUAAAUCGAAGAUCUGACUGAAUGUAUUCAUUAAUAAUUACAUUAGAUGUAUUUUUCUUUAUAAUACGUUAUUCUGAUUGGCUACACCGCAAUCUUGCGUUAUUCCUUAAUCAAAUUCAUUAUACGAGGUCCCACAAUAAAGUGCACAGGUAAAUUCAAUUAAAACUUGAUGAAAAUCGUGUUUUCAUGAUUCUAGCUAAAAAAUGUAAUGUUAAGUAUUAAAUUGCUUCUGUUUGUAACUUUAUAGGGUUUUAAAAGUGUUCACUGAGCAAACAUUUUUAGAAUGAAGUGCUUAUGCGCUUCAUACAAAAUUUACUUUGACAGUAACACCCCAAUGAAGUUACAAAAAGAAGCAUUCAAUUAAUAAAUAUAAGUAAUGUAUUACUUGUACAUCAAUAUGUUGUUAUGUAAUAAAUAACGUCAAUUGCA